AUGUUUAAGGUCCGUGAAAGUAAUUUACGAGAGGAUGGUCGUAAGGUCAAGUCGACAUUGACAACGACAUUUGACUCCUACAGCAACUUGCUGCGGAUUGAGCAUGGCAAAUAUGCCUUCAGCGAGACACGCACAAACUUCAUCUACCUCACCAUGGUCACCCAUAUCCUUUGGAAACUUGUUCUUUCAACAAGCUCUGUACUCGUCGCAUUCGGACGUCAGAAGUUAGGAGAGCCCAAAAGGAACAAGCUGGCUAUAUGGGAACUUGAAGGACGUUUUCAACGCGGUAUAGUGAUCCAUCGAACUCACCAUGGUGCCGUCCUCAUUGAAAACCCGCAGGAGAAUUCGGUCCUUCACGAGCAGUGGGUGGGGCAGUAUGGAACAACCUUCGAAUACAAAGGGUUCUUAUCCAGUAUAGUCUUGCUAGAGUUACAGGCGAAGGUGUCCUAUUCAUUGAAGGUUCAAUCUCGGUUGCAUGAUAUCUGCACCUCCUCCACUCAUGGCGGUCUCAAGGAGCUCAACAUCGUCAGCAGAGAAGGAUCAUGGUACAAUUCGCCUUUCCCCCUUGGACGGCAAGCUACGUCGCGGGAGGGAAGUGUGGCACACGCAUCAUCCAACAUCUGUUGUAGCAUGCAGGCGAACUAUCAAAUCAAUUGUGUCAUACUCAUGCGGGGUCGUGGUGAUUCAUGA